GGCGUUUCUUUUUUCUACGAUGCUUGACAUGAUUGGGCAGGACUGUUCAUAGUGGGAAGUGCGAUACGCCGGUGUAGUGUCCGUAGGUUGCGCCAAACGCCAUUUUGAGCUAACUGGUGAACGAAGAGAAAGAUCCAGAAGCUGUCUUUCUGAAAGGUCUGUCACCAUGGGGAGUGCAAUCGGAAAAUUAUUCAAUGGCCUGUUCGGCAAGCGUGAGAUGCGGAUUCUCAUGGUCGGGCUCGAUGCUGCUGGAAAAACCACCAUCCUGUACAAGCUCAAACUCGGCGAAAUCGUCACAACCAUCCCCACCAUCGGCUUCAACGUUGAGACGGUAGAAUACAAGAACAUCAGUUUCACUGUGUGGGAUGUCGGCGGGCAGGAUAAGAUCCGGCCCCUGUGGCGCCACUACUUCCAGAACACUCAAGGGCUUAUCUUUGUGGUGGACAGCAACGACAGGGAGAGGGUGAACGAGGCGAGAGAAGAGCUCGCUAGAAUGCUUGCAGAGGACGAGCUGCGGGACGCCGUGCUGCUGAUCUUCGCUAACAAACAGGAUCUCCCCAAUGCCAUGAACGCUGCAGAGAUCACCGACAAGCUGGGGCUGCACUCCCUGCGCCAGCGCAACUGGUACAUCCAGGCCACCUGCGCAACCAGCGGGGACGGCCUGUACGAGGGCCUGGACUGGCUCUCCACUCAGCUCAAGAACCAGAAAUGAUCCAUUCCACCACCUCUGACUUUGUUUGUUGUUUGUUUUUUCUGUUGAUUUAUUUCCUGUUUUAACACAGUGGCAGCACUGGAUCAGCCCCCCCCCCCCCACUCCCUGACGUCCUCCCCCUUUCCCCCCCCCCCCCCCCAAACGGCUCUCACUUCCUGUCAUUCCCCCACCCGUCCCCGUCCCCCUAAACGACGUGUCACUUCCUGUCAUUCCCCCCUCCUCCUGGGGCCUCUACCCUCUGCUGCUCCUGUCCUGGGAGUCUGAGAGAGUGUUCAUUCAGUGUGUGUGGUGUGUGUGUUUGUGUGUUGGCUGGUACUGGGACAAAGCCAGGCGUGCCUUCUACACACCUCGCUGUGAAAACAGUGCUCUGGCCUCCCCAAGCCCCUCCCCCUCCCCUCCCUCACAGGACGCAUGGUUUUCAGAAGGCAUAGAAGGAGCGAGGGGGUGCUCUCUCUCUCUCCUCCUGUGUUAUUGACCUCAAAGCUAACCUGUCGCCCCAGUCUAGACGCUACGCUAGCAUGUUCAUUUGACCCGCCUUGGUUUAGAAACCCUCAAAGUUCUGGAAAAAUUGCAUCAUAACCUGUAUCAGGUUGAAGCAAAUAAAAAAAACGCAAAAAAAACUAGACAGCCGAUCCUCGACCGUUCUUGUGUCAUUUGAAAAUCAUGCAGUUUCUUUUACUAUCAGAGUGUAUGUUAAGCAACGGUUCUUAGUCACAACCCUCCCCCCAUCCCUCCCCCCAGCUCAACCAUGAAGCACAAGGCAGACAAACAAUCCUUAGCUAGCUUACUUCAAACCAGAGGUCCCUAGCUAGGGUACCCUGACGUUAGAAUACCUAGCUACCGUGCCCCCAUGUUGGAAUACCUAGCUAACUAGCAUGCUCCAAUGUUAAAACUGCUAGCUAGCUAACCAACAUACUCCAAAGUUGGAAUACCUUCCUGGCGUACUCUUAACAUUUGAAUGCCUUCCUAGCUAGUGUACUCCAAUGUUGGAAUACCUAGCUAGCUCCUAUACGCCAAUGUUCAAAUGUCUAGAUAAGAUUCUCAAACGUUGAAAUGGCUCGCUAGCACAUUCCAAUGUUGGACUACCUAUCUGGCUUACACCUAUGUUUGGAGUACCUUACUACACGGCGUUCCCUAACGUCGCAAUACCUAGCUAGCACACUGUAACGUUGUAAUGGCUAGCUAGCAGUGGGUUGCUAGUAGAUCAUUAGCCACACGGUCUCCCUUGGUAUGUGACGUGGUUCCGGGCGCGCUGGCUCAUCCCUUCACGGUGUUGGGCAUUUCAAAAAAAGCAUGGCGCGUUCGACCGUCUUGAGUUAUCAGCAUUUUCCAUGUAAAGCUUGAAACGUUGUUCCUCUCUGAAAUGUUACCCGUGUUUUUGUUUUUCCUUUCCUUUUUGAGUGUUUCCAUUUGUACGGGACUGCUAAAUGAUAUGCUUCAGAGCAGUUAGACGGCCUGCAUAUGAAGUUAGGAGUCCUGGAACGCUUUCCCACGGUUUCUAACGUCCCUGGUGGGGUGACGCAGGCCCCCUGAGCGGUUGAGCUCGCUGGUGAAGAAGCGCCAAGGUUGUAGACGCUAACCGCUUCAGACUAAUGAAGGAAGCAACCCUGGGCCAGCUGUCUGGUUGCUGAUGAUAGAACAUGUCCCGGUCCUGGCUGUGGAGGACACCCCUGCCCCAGGGGCGGAGCGGGGGUGCAGACUGCUUGUCUGACACCCAGGGCCCCACCCAGCAACCUCUGGUCAAAGAUUGUAAAUCUGUAAGUCUCUCUCCCCUCCUCAAACUGCUUCGAUGGGGGUUUUCCUCAAUACAUUAAUAAACAUGAUUCGAUCCUA